ACUCUUUUUUCAAGACCACCUUAGAUAGCCUCCCACCCCUGAGUUAACAAAAAAUGCUGACUCCAUUCUCAAUUACUUUUCUUUAGCUAUAUAGUUAUCACUCUGGGAAAACCUACCCCUCUAGCUACUGCAGUGAAAGGAAUAUUUGGAACCCCAAAGUUUUUCCAAAGUGAUUUCUGCUUGUGAUUUCAACUUUCUCCCAGGCUGUCUCUAAAAUAAUCAGAAUUUGGAAUAGUUUGAUCCCAGGAUUGGAAACCUAUUCUCUAACAGAACUACCAAAGAUGUUUAUUCAAACUCAACUCCUCAUCUUCCUCCUAGGGAGCAUGCCCUCCAGGGCAUUUGCUGAAGAAGCAAGCACAGUUCCACUGGAAUAUGACACGAUCGAUUUCAAAGACAGAAAUGACUCAGAGGUUGAAGAAAGGCCAACUCUGUUGCCUACAAGACUGAACACCAUAAGAGACUUGUUCCCCUUAGAAGAUCUAAUAACCACAGAAAGUAUGGUCGCUGAUAAUGAAGACAGUGAGAACUCUACUGAUCCGGAUGUUGUUGAAAAUUCUGAAGACGAAGUGGGUGGCGAGCCAGGGACUACAGACGAGAAAGAUGGCCUAGCAACAGUUGCACUGGUUGGAAUCAUCGUUGGAAUCAUAAUAGCAGUGGGAAUCGUUACUGGAAUCAUCAUUGCCGUCGUGAGGAAAAUGUCGGGCAGGUACUCGCCCUAAAAAUAAGUGAAGAAGGAAAUCAUGUCGUUUUAAGCCAGAAAAUAAAAGUGCUUCCUAUUUUACAACUGCUAGAGACUCUGCUCCUGUAUCGCUGUGAGAAAAUGAUCCAUGGAAAUCGUGAAUGCAGAAUUCCAAAUCCAUGGGGACUCCACACAGCUUUCCAGAGGGAUGCUUUACAGACUUAUCAGAAAUGCAACGAUUCAUAGGACUUUAAUAAUCAAAAGUAUUUAAGAGGAAUGAAACAAAAAAAAAAAACAUGCUAUAGAAAAGAAAAACAACAAGUAAAGCCAAAUGCAGCGGAAAGGUGCUUUAUUGGUAGUAUAAAUACAAUUGUAGAUAGGUGUUAAACCAUGCCAAGAAAAAGUCGUCAUCUCACAUUGCGUCCUAUUGGUUCCUCUGAAAAGUUAAAUCCAGAUUCUUUUCUGUUAUAAGCUCACUGUGAAGUCAGAAAGUCUGGUGUAUCUAUCCUAUAGAUGUUUAAAACCACCAGUCCUUGUAGGAUGUUGAUUUACUGAAUCUGUAUUGUUUAGCAAGGUAAGAAAGUAACUUCAUCCUAACAAAUCUAGAAUUGACUUCAGAGGGAGACAACUGUAUUUAAAUGAUGUAAGCAAAUUGCAUUCAUGGCCUGGCACUUAAAUCAUUCUGGUAAGGAUGCUGCACUUCUAUACCGAAAAGCAUGGUGGGCCCAGCUGGAACUGACCUACCAACUCAUCUCUCUGACUGUUGUGCCAAGACCUUCUGUCUUCUCUGUUGCAGAGAUGUGCAGGGAUUGGAAUACACAUCCUAACUUAAGCAGUGCUAGGAAAAUACCCAUUUUUGAUGGGUCAUCGUAACCUAUUACUCAACAAGAGUUGGAUUUGAUGUGUAGACGAUGUCUGAAUCAGUAAAUGGCAUUCUUUUAUACCUUUUUCUUUUUUUUACUUUUCUUUUCUUUUUAACUGUAUGGCAGGCUGAGUUUGGCCACACACUGUGCCACAUCAGAUCACUGCACAUAUUGAUGAGGUGUAACACUUCUCUGGACACAACAUAAUUUUUACCAUGGUAUACAUGAUGCAGUGGGACAGGAUGUGACAGAUUUCCAAGUAAAAGGCUUUUAAGUUCCAAAUGGCUGCAAAAUGUCAUGUUUUGUAAGGGCCUACUCUGGAAUCCACUUCUGCAGAGUGGACUAAACAUGCCAACGUUUCCAGAUUUGCUCUUCCAUUUCCUUUGUCUGCUAUGAUCUAUCAUAUAGAACUGAGCUUUGGAAAUAAAAAACUAUGGUGUAUCUUA